AUGGAAUCGCCAGAAACGCAUGUUCCACCAGACGAGGUUCCUACUCAAUCACCUCAGUCGCAGGAUGUCCGUGAAGAUGUUGUCCACGGUGUUGUGGGAAAGGUGCCCGGCAGUGACGGCAAGACGCGUCCACGUCGCCCACCCGGUCGUCAAGUGAAAGAUCCGUUGGCAAAGUCCAUAUCUAUCCAAUGUCAAAGAUUGGAAGAUCUUGAGGCCCAGCUCAAGGAGCAUUUGGCCGAUUCGGCAAUUGACCGCGAGCACACUACACUGGAGUUCAGCUUCCCUGUCACGACUGCCUUCAUGGUGGCUGCAAGGGAGCCUCUCGGAAAAAGAGAUCUUAGUGACCCCAAGACGCCAUAUACGUACAGCCCCUUUAACAAGACCGCUGUCACUGUCGUUGAUGUUUUGCACUCGAUUCAAGACCCCCAGGAACGGGCGACGAUGCAGAAAGGGAUCAGCAAGACCCUCAUCGAAGCAUGUCAAAACGUAGAUGGGUAUCGUUACAGCUUCCACAAUUCUUGGGUUAGUCGAGAAGAUCAAGCAAGCAGGUUUUCCUACUACUGCAAUGAUUCGGUGCUCAAUAAGGGCCGCGCUGCUAACGAGGCUACUUCCAAGAUGAAGACUGGCGUCAAAGUUCGCAAACCAGUCUAUGACUGCCGCGGCGUGAUCUCUAUCAAGUUCUCUAUGACGAAAAAUAGUUUGGAGCUCUACUACAAGCACAUUCCUCUACACAAGACCUUUGAAGAACGGGCUCCGCGUCCGCGCAACGGCUCAAAGCGCAAGCGCCUCCUGGAAAUUUUCCAUCCUGAAAAGCUUGUGACAGAAAAAAAGAGAAAGUCAAGUGAACCUCGACCACCGAAACCCAAGAAACCUGCUACACGCCCGCAUUCGCCUGCAGACACGCCACAGAGAGAAGACAGCCUGGCACCAUUAUUCAACUUCCUCGGCAGGAUCGAGACUGCACCAUUACCCUCAGUAACCCAAACAGUCGACGUCGACAACGCCAUUAUUCCUACUCCGGGCGACCGAAGUAAGCGCAAGAAGAAAAUGUACCCCGGCACAUUCAUUUUAGAUAUUCCGAACCCACAGAGACCAAAGCCACGCUCGAAGAAGACUCGAACUUCUGCCGCGAAUCCUGCCGCUGCGCCAGUUCCUGCAACUGUGAUGUCAGUAGUGCCAGUAUCGUCAACCGAACUGGAGCUUCGAGCUAAGCUGGAGCAGGCCGAGCAAAAGAUUCGCGAUCUCGAAGCUGAAAAACAGCGACAGGCAAGAGAACACGCAGAGCCGAGUCGACCGACUGCCCUACAACAACACCAGGCACCGAACAGGCCUUCGCCUUCCACCCCGGUCACGCCUUAUGCUCCUCCCCCACCCCAUACAUAUUUCCCUCCACCGCAGUUCCAUUAUCCUCCCCACUCUCUACAGUGGAACUAUGGUCCUCCAUACCUCUACCCAUAUCCACCACCAGGACCACCUAGUCUGCCAUAUCCUAACCCUGCCCCAGGGGGUGCCCCAGCUGCAACACACCCUCAUGCAUACCACUAUCCCUCACAACAUCUGCCUCCGCUUUCGCAGCGGCGGCCUGGGCCGAACCCGCCUCCGGCGUAUGGCUUCGUUCCCAAUCCUUUAGACGCAACAACGGACCCUCUUCCCAUGAGGAUCAGGUCCUAUCUUGGUCCUCCUCAGCCCCCUGCAACGCCUGAUUCAAGGCCUGUCCCUCGCACUGAACCACGCACCGAGAUGCAGCCUGCUACUCCAACUCCUCUCUCUUUCACAGAACCCGGAUCUGGGUCCCCUUCUCGUCCACCCUCCACAACAGUGCCCGAGCCGCCUGACGAAACCGCAUCCGCAACUGCUACCGCAGAAUCGGCCCAACCAGCGUCCAAGGGAGAAAAGCCGCAGGCCGAGGCCUCAACUUCAACGACCACGGCAGAGCCGCCAGCGACAGACUUAGAUGCGAAAAGCGCAGACGGCCCAGGUGAGAAAUGA